AAUUGCAUCAUAGACACAUCAACUGUUGAAUGAAGUAGUAGUUGGUGUGUUGUAGGGUAGACGAAGACGGUUGCUGGCUGUACAACACGAGUGAAGCAGGGGAGCCGUUGAAGAGUGGCAUGCCUGUAGCGGCGCGUGCGGGCGCCUGGGAGGAGGGCAGGUGCUGGCAGCUGGAAGAAGGAAUCGAACCAACAACCAACAGUGCCACUGCCAGGUGUGCAACCACCAACCAGUCAGUAGUUGCUUCUUGCUUCAGUUUCAGUUGAUCCGCAGUAUCGCGAACGUUCGGUCGCCACAAACAUGCGCUCUCUUCCGUUGUUCCCAGUGUGUGCGCUUUUCCCACUUUUCGCUGUCGCGUUUGCAUCAGACAACUUUAUCUCCUCUACCGAUGACAACAUCCCAGAGUGGACACACUCGUUGAUGUUGACCGACUCCACGCAACUGUCGUGGAGUCCUCGCGACGAGGACAUUGUCUUCAAGCUCGAGACUGAGAGCAAGGGUAUGGUGUGUCUGGGGUUCUCGACUAGUGAUCAAGUGGUUGGUGCCGAUGUGCUGGUGGCGUGGGUUGAUGAUGUCACCGGCAAAGUGCAUGUCAAGGAUUGCCAUGCCACUCAAACGUCACUUGAAGUUGAUCUGCUGCAGAACUUUGAGCUGAUAAAUGGAUAUAAGAAUGAAACACACGCAGUCAUCAUAUUCAAGAGAAUAUGGGAUACUUGCGACAAAAAUGACGUAAUUCUUGGGCCGGACACAAUCCGCCUGCUGUGGACAGUUCAUGACAAAGAAGAGCACAAUUUGUUGCAAACGUCAACUACGUUGAAAUGGCACGGCAAGAAGUGGAAUCUCAUGAGGAGUGUUCACCUGAUAUCUCCACCAGCCAUUCGCAAGCCCAAAGAGAAUAACGUCAAACAUUGGGAUAUCACACUUGAUAAUUUCGCUGUUCCAGACAACAUGGAUACCUACUACUGGUGUAAAAUUUUCAAAGUGCCUCCUCUGGGGAAGAAACAUCACAUGAUAGGGUACGAGCCAAUCCUGUCAGCAGGCAGUGGCUCACUGGUGCACCACAUGCUUCUGUACGAGUGUGUUGGCGCACACCUGGAGAUGUACACUCGGCACGAGGGAAGCACCUGCUAUGUGCGCAACAUGCCCACAGACUGGGACUCCUGUCUGUCGCCAGUCGUCGCUUGGGCUAUUGGAUCCAAAGGUGAAUUCUACCACGAUCUCGUCGGUUUACCGCUGGCAGAAGAUAACAGAUCAACAUACUUCAUGCUGGAAAUACAUUACGACAAUCCAACUUUCAGUAAAGUACAUGACAGCUCAGGACUGAGAUUGUAUUACACUGAGAAUCUGAGAGAGUACGAUGGAGGGAUUCUGAUCAGUGGUGUGACUGUUUCACCCCUGCAUAUCAUACCUCCACGACAGCCCCAAUACAAGACUGCAGGCUACUGCGAUGGAUCAUGCACUAAAUUGAUGCUACCUGCAAGAGGAAUCAAAGUUGUUUCUGUACUGCUACAUUCACAUCUAGCUGGAAGGAAAAUAAUUCUACGGCACAUAAGAGAUGGCGUUGAACUUCCAGCCAUAGCAAAGGAUGAGAAUUACGAUUUCAACUACCAACAGUCACGAGUGAUAGAGGAAGGCAUUCGCGUUCUUCCUGGAGAUGAACUGAUCACAGAGUGCGUCUACGAGACAACUAAUAGGACACAGCCAACUCAUGGAGGGUACUCGACAAAGCAAGAGAUGUGCCUCGCAUUCAUAGUCUACUACCCCAGAACACCCCUGGCCAGCUGUCUCAGCAUGUCUCCCGUUGAAUUCUUCUUUAAAACGUUCGGAGUCACCGAGUUCUACAACUACAACAUGUCAACUGUCGAAAAAAUGUUCCUCAAAUUAACGGAAAACCAGGUAACAAAACCACAACCCAAAUCAACAACCCCACCGACGUUUCCAAAAUUCUCGGACGACGACGUGUUCGACGACGCGGCCAACCAGGCGGCCAUCCGGCAACUGCAGCAGAUGGCCGACUUCACGGUGGAGGAGGCGGAGAGCGGCAGCCUGCUCGGCGACCUCGUCAUCCGGGAGUCGCACGAGUUCGCCAACAAGACGUUCAUCGCGCACCUCCAGAACAUCCCCUGGCACGAGCGCAUCCUCACGCAGCGCAUACAGGACGCGCUCAACCGCGGCAAGCACAUGACCUUCUGUCGACUCAACGAUGACACGCUGGCUAUGUCUUCGCAGAUCUACAACUUUCCGAACUUCACCGAGCUGGCCAGUCAACGUCAAAACAAUGAAUCGAAAUGCAUCAAUGAAGUUGAGUUACAACCGCAACAGACAGAAGAAAACUCGGCAGCAAUCCCUUCUUCAGCUCAAUUCACAACGAUAAUGCUGACAGUCAUUCUUAUUAGGUUACUGUGAGCUAAAUAAUGUUCCCAAAAAUACCAAAUGAUAGGAGAUGAGUUCGGUAUAUUAACUCAUGUCAAGGCAUUUGCCAAACAUUUCAAGAGAUUGAUGAAUGAUAGGACACGGGUUUUAUUAAUUCAUAGUAUUCAUCAGUAGAGCGAUAAUAUAGUUCGAAUUGUAAUUUGAGGCGAAAGAUUGUUUUGAUUAAUCAUUUAAUGAAAAAUCAAGUGCAUAAGAGUUGACCGUGAGACAAACCUUCAAGAGGUUUCGUUUUAACAAUGAAUUUCUCACGGAGCAAUCUCAUCAGUCAUAAACAAAUAAAUUUUUAAAUGACCUAAAGAUUCGAUUGCGGAAGAUUCUCCAGGUAUAACUUCUAUCCAAAUAUGGUACCUCUUUUGAGAAGAUCCAUACUAUAUAUUUUCGAUAAACUAAUAUCGUUGUCAUGAGAAUACUUGCUCAAUUCUUAUCUUUUAUACAGAGUUAUUAAUCAAACUCAGAUGCACUUUCCUAAAAGAGCUAUGUCCUAUUUCCCUAUGCCACGGGAAAAACACGAAUUACUCUAUUUUAAAUGGAAUAUAAAGAAUCAUAUUCUUUUGAAGAGAACUUUGUUAUGUAUUACAAAUAAAUCAUACUUACAAUUACUUUCUAAGAUAUAAUAUAAUUUUAUCAAAGAAAAAUCCCAAAAGUUAAUAUAGUAUUAUACUCAUGUAAACAAUCACGUUAAGAAUUCUGUAGCAAGAUUAAAUCAACGAACUUAUUUUUACAGCAGUAUCUUGAUUAACUUUGUAAAUUACUUGUAAAUCUGUCCUUGGAAAAAGAACCAAAGAUUAUAUUUUAUUUAAGUAGAAUGUAAAAUAUUAGUGUAGUUUAGUAAGUAAUAUUAGAAAUGAUUUUUUGUAAUUGAGGAGAAAAUGAAAGGGAAUGAUUUUUUGGAUUUAUAACCAGUUUUAAAGUUUGGUUUGUUUAAUAAUUUGAAAUUUCCCUUUGCAUUAUUUUUUUAAUGCUUUCCAGAUAUUCUAAGAUGUUUGAUACUGAUCCAGUUUUGAUUUUAUUGUAGAAGUAAUCAAGUUUUAUAAACAAUUGACUAUAAUAAUGUAAAUUUUGAUAAGACUUCUGUAUUUACUUAAAAGUAUGCGUAUUUUUGUAUUCUAUAAAUAGUAUUAUAGUUAUUGUGACUAGUUUUCAGUAAUUUAUCUGUGAUAAAUUUCUAAUAAAAAAAUUGUUUUUGAUCUCUGA